UGAAACAUUCGGCAUAAAUAAAUUGGUUUUCCGACUUAAAACAUGUGUGUGUUUUUCAAAUAUUACAUCAUUACAUUGGUAAAUACAAUCCAUGCAUCCGCAGGGCCGACUGGAGUAUGUUCAAAUGUGUCCAAUGGAAGUCGCUUGGAAUGUUGUGAAAACUAUCGAGAAGUUGGAAACUCUUGUGAAGAAUGUUGGCCGGGUACUUAUGGUGUAGAUUGUAAGGACAACUGUCCUCCUAAUUUCUACGGCAAAUUAUGCUCAAAGAAAUGUGGCUGUGAAGCAUGUGAUAGAGUCACGGGAUGCUCAAAAGCAACGGGCAAGGAUCCAAGUCCAACGAACUCUGCAACAUGGCUUACUUUGUCAGCCUUGGCAUUUUGUUUUGUGAUAUGUUUCAUUUUCUCUCUAGGAAUCUUUUUUAUGCUUCGACGAGUGCGAGCUAAGAAUCCUACUAAUCGGAACAAAUAUGGUAGUUCCAAAAUUCAAAUGGCUCCAUUAGAAAAUAGUAGAUAUAGUAUAUCGGUAACGCCGAGGACAAUUGAUUUAUCUCAAACGAAUGACACAGAAACAAGCUACGACAAAUGUCAAACUACAGUUUCAAACAACAUGACAGAACCAACCUCACGAAAUGCUUAUGGAUGUGACGACUCUAUGGAUGGAGCAUACAACAUUCUAAAACUUACAGUGUCGGAUAAAAAUGACCACAUGCAAUUCCCGAAUAACAGCUCACCUCCUUUGGAAAUACAAAACAUGACAAACGUAAAAGAAGAUACAUCUCAGGUGGCGUCCUCAGUUUCAAACAUUGUUAAAACAGAGAAGCAUGAAUCAAAACCUUCAAUCCGUCGCGAGAAAAGGAAACAUCAGAAGGAAUUAUUACGGGCACUGGAUGAAUUUAAAACGGGAAGCACUAGAGAUAGGAAAAAACUUAGGUAUAGCUUUACAAAAUCAACAGAACUGUUCUGAUAUAUACUUCACGCAUUAUUUCCUCUUUGUGAAUUGAUAUUGAUAUCAAAUUACAGGAAUGUUUUUAUGAAAUGACUUAUGUUAUAUGCAUAACAGUAACAGUAACAGUGUUCACUAUUAUGAGAACAUCAGGUGUUUUAAGGAUGUCCUAUGAUGCUGUUCAUAGACAUUAUAUCAGAUUGGUACUUGGAUGUGCAUAAAGUUAAUGAAUGUGAGAAAAAAAAGUUGGAUUGACUCGUGAUUCAUUUAUAUUUUUCUCAAGGAUCAAAUUGGUGGAAAACAUGGUUAAUUAAUGUAAAGUAUAAAGUACCUAUCUUGUCAUCGAAAAAAAUGGAUCUCUCAAAACUGUACUUCAUCUAAAUAUCACCAUUUU